UGUGUAUCUCAUCGUGCUCCAGAGUGGCUUUGUUUAAUCGUUUGCGCUCUCAGACGGUCAGCACGCGUUACCUCUCAGUGGACAGAGGAGCCUUCAUAGCCAGCGCCAGACACUGGAGCGCCUUCACCAUCACCCUGGUGGAGGACCGGCGUGCCAGCCAUGGGGACUUUGUGCUGACUGAAGGUUUCAUCUGUUACGGCUGUGUGGUCCAGUUAGUGUGCACGGAGUCCGGAGUAACUCUGCCACCGAUGGUGAUCCGUAAAGUCAACAAGCAGCACGCCAUCCUGGACGUGGACGAGCCGGUUUCUCAGCUUCAUAAGUGCGCCUUCCAGUUCAGAGACGAUCCACAGUCCUUCCUGUGUUUAUCCAACGACGCCAUCAUACAGUACCAGGCCCCGUCCAGCGUCAGAGACCCGAGCAGAGUGGUGCUGAACGACGGAUCCUGUUGGACCAUCAUCGGGGUGGAAGUAGUGGAGUACACCUUUAACCAGGGUUUGGCGUGCAUCCAGACGCCUGUUACUCCUUUCCCUGUGAUCACUGGUUUAGAGGUGAAUGGUGGAGGACACGUUGCCAUGCUGGAGAUUGAAGGAGAAAACUUCAGCCCUCACCUUAAAGUCUGGUUCGGUAACAGCGAGGCGGAAACCAUGUUCAAGUCUCCUAAGUCUCUGCUCUGCGUCGUUCCUGACGUCUCCAUGUUCACCGACGUCUGGUGCUCUCUGCGACGCAUCAUCACCGUCCCGCUGUCUCUCCUCCGAUUGGACGGCCUGAUUUAUCGCACGCACUUCAGCUUCACCUUCACCCCGGAGCUGCAGCCGCCGCACUCUGUCCGAGGAGCAGCGGGAGGAGGGAGGAGAGAUGACGGGGUGGAGGGAGGAGCGGAGGACGACGUCCUGUUGGAGACAAUCCACCAGGAGUUCACCAGAGCCAACUUCCACCUCUUCAUGCAGACGUAGCUCACCUGAUGGAGGCGAAUUAAGAAAAAAAAAGACACCAGAACAGCUCGACAUGUAAGCAGGAGACGCCAACAGAAAGUGGAAUCUGUGCGGUGUCGUCCUGUUUGGUGAAUCAGGAUGUUUUUUUAACUCAUCACAUUUCAAGUAUAUCCGACGCUAAAGCCCCAUGAUCCUUAGUGUUUCCUGUUAACAUUCAUCAAUAUGCAAGUAGUAUUCAUUUGACUUUUUGAUCCAGUAGUUGUCGCCCUUGAGCUCCAGCAUAAAACCAAAACAAACUGCUGUUAGGCCACGCCUCCUCCAUCCUGAAGCCUCCGCCCUCCACCAGCGACACACCUCCAACCCCCCUCCACUCGAGUUCGUACAAAGGAGUUUUAGCACAACCGGCGGACAAGAUUGUCCUUUGCUUUAGCUGCAAUCACCUGUGUCCUGCAUUGUUGUGUUAGCAUGCUAAUUUUAGCGCUCUUUAGUUAGCUCGUAGCUUCA